UCAUCGAGGGAGGUCCUGUGGCAGGUGCGAGUGCGGUUACGGGUGCGGGACCCUUACCUAUUCCAACUGACAAUGAAUGGGGAUUGUCAACACAUUCGGUGAGGGGCGGUGUGGGGCACGCCCAUCUGAUGACAGCGCUCCUUGGAAACUCCUUUCGCCAAUUCCUCGGCUCAGCCGUUUGUUGAUUCCUUUGUUUUUUGUCGAGGGACACGGUUUAACGCUCUCUCCUGCGUGGAGUUAAUCGCGCCAUCAAAACAACAACAAGGAUACGACAUGGGAAAGGCGGGCGCCGGCAAGGGUCGUUCGCCAACACCAACCGCCGCCAGGAGUGGGGAGCCAAGUGGCGCGGCAGGAGGCGGAGCUGGAAGCGGAGGAGGAGGUGCAGCGGCAUCCACAGCAACAGCAGGAACAGGGACGGCAGGAGGCAAUGGCAAUGGCAGCGUCGGUAGAUCCACACUACAUGCCAACAAAACGAUACUGAAAACGGUAUCCGUGUUCCUCGCCAGCGGCAAGCGCAACUCGAGCAACCAACAGUCGAAGGACAAAGCCCUGCAAAACAAACGGCAACAGCGGCAACGGAGGAUGGACGAGCUGAGCGGCAAAAUCAAUCCCAAACUGCUGGAGAGUCUCCGCAAGAAGACCCGCUUCACCAAGGACGAGCUGGAUGCCCUGUGCAGGAUCUAUCGGAAACUGGUCUCCAACUGCCAGUACGCGGCCAAGACUCUGGCCUCCAGUUCAUCCAGUGCUGCCAUCGCGAAGCCCCAUGCCGCCGUGGAGGGCAUCGAUCGGAUUGUUUUUAGGGAGCUCCUGCACAGCACCUUCGACAUCGUGACGGAGGAGAUCCUCAUGGAGCGAAUCUUCUGCAGCUGGGACAAGGCCCACGAGGGACUGCCCCUCCGGCUGGAGGGCUGGCUCAUCGGCCUCUCCACCUUCCUGCGAGGCACUCCGGCGGAGAAGGCGGCCUUCUGCUUUCGCGUCUACGAUCUGAACACCGACGGCUUCAUCACCAAGGACGAAAUGUUUACGCUGCUCCGCAACUGUCUGAUCAAGCAGCCGCAGGACGAGGAUCCGGACGAGGGUGUCAAGGACCUGGUGGAGAUAGUACUCAAAAAGUUUGAUCUGGACAAGGAUGGCAAGGUGUCCCUGGAGGAUUUUAUGGGCACUGUGACGGCGGAGCCGCUACUGAUCGAAGCCUUUGGGCAGUGCCUGCCCACGGACAGUGCUGUGGUCUCAUUUUUUUCCACUCUUCAGGUUUAG